AUGUAUUCCGCAAUGGAUAAUCAUGAUAUUAAAGAUCUAAUAAACGCCGAGGAUUUUGAGUAUGCAAUUCAGAUUUUGCGCUGGUUAUUCCAGCCGAUGGGAAUUUGGCCGUUAAAAUCCGCGGCUUAUCCAUCUUUUUUACGUCCUAUAUCGAUUGUGAUAUCCUUUUGGUCAGCUGCUUUUCUCAUUAUUCCCGGCAUUUUGUCAGUCAUUCGCGUACAAAAUGAUUUUGCGCUUCGAUUAAGACUAAUCGGUCCUGUAAGCUUUUGCUUGGUCACAUCCUUCAAGUACUUUUCUUUCCUCGUGAAAAAUCGUCAGUUUUACGCAUAUCUAAUCAACGUAGCACUUGACUGGCGCGAGAUGAAAAAGAAUAAUCACAAUCGAAUCAUCAUGCUCCGUAAGACGCAAAUCUCAAGGUUCUUCAUGACAAGCUGCUCGAUUUGUAUGUACCUUAGUGGAAUGUCGUAUAACAUAUUGUUGCCUCUAACGAAGGCACCUACGCAAGUUGGUAAUGUAACUUUCAAGAAUCUACCGUAUAUUGGAUACUACAUAUUUUUCGAUCAAUAUGCAGACCCAUAUUAUUAUGUGGUAUUUGUGAUGCAGUGCAUGAGUAGUUUCUUUUGUUACUCAACAUGCUGUGGAGUAUGCUGUAUAAGUAUUCAAAGUGUGUUACACAUUUCUGGACGAUGCGAUAUUACAUCCAUAAUGAUAAAAAACUUAAAUGGAAAUUGCAAUGAAAAGGCAUUAAAAGCAGUAGUCGAAUUCCAACUGCAAUCAUUAAAAUUUGCGAGAGAGAUUGAAAAACUUUUAAACCAAAUGUUUUUGGUGGAGUUCGUUGGCAGUACAUUUAAUAUUUGCUUGCUUGUUUAUUACUUUAUGGGGGAUUUCAAGGAGAACGACACCGUUGGAACCAUGACAUACGUGCUAUUGUUCAUAUCAUUUACGUUUAACAUUUUUAUUUUUUGCUAUUUGGGAGAACAUUUGACUGAACAGUGUGCAAGCGCUGGUGCUGCUGUGUACACGAUGGACUGGUUCAGAUUUUCUGCGAAAAAAUCACGAGAUCUUUUUUUAAUUGUUCUAUUCUGUCAACGUCCGGUCGUCAUCACUGCAGGAAAAAUGGUUAAUUUUUCACUUCUUAGUUUUGCCAGUCUAAUGAAAGCAUCCGCAGCUUAUUUAAACAUGUUGUACAAAAUGGGUUAA